UGAGUCCCGGCCCAGCCCGGAUAGUCACAGCUCUGGCGGCUCCAGCCUGGCACUGAGGCUCCGGACAGGGGGCAAUGAAGUGAGUCGGUGCCGGGGAGCGGAGCCCAGUGAGACGCCUCGGAAUGAGCUGGCAGCCCGCCAGGCCCUCCCCUCACUCAGCCCCAUCGGUUCCUGCACCGGACUCCCCAGCCAACGAGAAAACUUUCCUCCGUCUCCGUCUCCCCAGCAGCGGCAGCAGCGCGUCCUUUGUCCCGGCCGGGGGGGGGGGGGGCAGGAUUUCGGCUCCUUCUCUGCGGACUGAGGGGAACUCGGAACAGCCACACAGCCGGCACAACGCUCGGCCCCUAUACAGACAAUAAUCAGUCAAGUUGAAGAAAAUGUUCUCUGCGAAACCAGAAAGUUGGGUGACAUUCGACGAUGAAAAUCUGUUCCAGCCUGGCCAGAAGUCUUUGCAUUUCCCCCAGGGAAACCAUUACAUGCCUAAAGCCAGUGGGCUUAAACUGAAUCUGUACAACAAGUCCUGUGAAAGUACCUCGGCUUCGAAUCCUCCCACCCCCAAUACAUCACCAGUUAUUGAUUUCUUCAUGACUCCAAGUCCUCCAAGGAACACGCCUCUUUGUACACCUAACAGAGAUUAUUCCGGAACCCCCUCCACACCGACAUCAGGAUCUUUUAUUUUGCACCCUAAUGCUGAUGUUUCCAGGAUUCCCCCUUAUACGUUCAUGGAAUCACCAAUAGUAUCAGCAAACAUUCCACUGUUGACAAAUUCUGUUUUGCCGACAUUACCCAGCCCCAACAAGGCAAGUACUCCCAAGUACCCAUGUAAUAAUUAUUUAGCAAGUCAGUCAGAAGCUGCUCAUACUGAAUACACUCAAAUCAAAUGUGCCUUUUCAAGCCCAUUUUGGAACACCGAGACACCCACUGGGGUUUCUCCAUCUGACAAUGAGAGAAAAGAAAAGGGGACUUGUGAUGAUCAUCAGAAAAGUCUAAAUCAGCUGUCUUUCAGUUACGUGUGUGAAAAACUUCAACACUUAAAGACAGGAGACCCACCUGAUGAUCCAAAACAUCCAACUGCUUGGUUAGAGAAUGAUGGCCCCUCAUAUAUUCCACACAGUCUCUUUAGAAGUCAAAGAAAGGACGGGUGGCCAUUCAUGUUAAGGAUUCCUGAAAAAAAGAACAUGAUGUCUUCUAGGCAGUGGGGUCCCAUUUAUUUAAAGGUCCUACCUGGGGGAAUCCUGCAAAUGUAUUAUGAGAAGGGCCUCGACAAACCAUUCAAAGAAUUCCAGCUGGGCCAGUUUUGCAGGCUGUCGGAGCCAAAGGUGGAGAACUUCAGUGUGUCGGAUAAAAUCCACACUGUUAAAAUAGAGCAUGUUACUUACACCGAGAAACGGAAGUACCACACCAAACCUGAGGUCUUCCAUGAAGCAGAAGUCGAACAGAUGCUGAAACUGGGAACAACGGAUCACUCGGAUCUGAAAGACUUUGUUACAGCCAUAGAGGAGGAGCUAAUGAAUCUCCCGCUGACAGUCAAGCAGAAGAAGUCUUACGAAGAACCAGAAAUGCUCGUGGAACUGGUGGACCAUUUGUGGGGAAGGAUCAACAAAGAGGGGAAAAUGAUGGAAACUUCCGUUAUUUGCCGUUUGCACUGCCUGUGCUUCGUUAACAACGGUACAGAAUGCUUCUUAACGCUGAACGAUGCUGAGCUUCAGAAAAUAUGUAGGGAUUAUUUUGAUAAGGACAAUGAUAAAAGGCUAAUAGCCAUAACGAACUACCAUUUCCACAAGUGCGUCAAAGCGCAUGAAUUCCACAACUCGAGGGUCAUUAAAUUUAUCCCCGUGGAUGCCUGCCGUUUCGAGCUCAUGCGCUUUAAGACUUCUUUUAAUGGGGAAGAAUUUCCAUUUUCACUUAAGACCUCGGCGGUUGUGCAGGGAGCGUACGUGGAGCUCCAGGCUUUCCUAAACAUGUCUCCCAGUUUUACAGAUAAUAUGCACUUCAGUUCAGCAAAGUACUGCGAGAACAUAACAAUACACUUUCCAGUUCCUGCAACAUGGAUGAAAGCACUUUGGACAGUCAGUCUCCAGAGGCAAAGGUCCUUGAAAACAAAGAUGAACAAAAGGACUUGCCUCGGCUCAGCCUACGAAAUAGAAUCUGAGCCUGUAAUACAAGUAACGGUGGGAACAGCGAAGUAUGAGAAAGCGUACAAGGCUGUUGUGUGGAAGAUUGACCGACUUCCAGAUAAAAACAGUCAUGAUCAGCCGCACAGUCUGUCAUGUAAACUGGAGCUGGGAUCAGACCAGGAGAUUCCCCCCAACUGGAAUCCAUACGCGGAGGUGCAUUUUGCCAUGGCUGCUACGACUGUCUCUGGCGCCAAGGUGAAAUCAUUGGGGAUCGAGAGUGACGUGCAGCCGCACAAACACAUCACGCGGAAAGCGUGCUACAACUUGCAGGUGGAGAUUGAAAGGAAACGGAUAAAAACUGAAGGAGAAGAUCCUAGCAGGCCUGGAGAUUGUAUAACGCAAUAAAGCCGGGAAGAAUUAUGCAAACCAAUCCCUUUAGCCAACUCACGGGGAGAAGCAGCAACUGACUAGAAUGCUAAUUGACGUGUUCCUAGGCAGUUACCAAAGAGCCGUACUUGUACCCAGGGGUGGGUUUGGGCACAGAGGACAUCUGCCCUGGAACCCAAGCUUUAGGGACCAAAUGCUCUUGAUAAAGUGACAUUUACUAUUACACAGUAUUAUAUCUGUUAGAUCGCUAGUGAUGCCCAGAAGAUAGAUUAUGAUUUCCUUGUAGAUCCUGAGCUACAGACUAGCACAGUGGGACGGUGAUGCCUGCUCUAUUGCACCCCUAUUACCCAGACCUAUAAAGCAAAUAUGAAUUGAGGGAUGGGCACUUAAGAGUGACUUUUUAGGGGCAAAUGUAUCAUUUUUUAAAUUGUUCUAAGGAUAAUGUUAAUAUAUGAAUUUAAAAUGAUUUACCCUUACAAUGAAAAUGGAACAGGCUUAUCUAUCAAAGAUGCCGAUGUUACUUAAGGUCCCCAGACACGGGCCGAUUCUAGCUGCCGAUAUUGGUCCCUUAGACUGAUUCGGCAGCUAAUCGGCCCGUGUAUGGGCACUACCGACGGGCCUGCCCAACCGAUAUCUGGCCUGAAAUCAGCCAGAUAUCGAUCGGGCAAGUUAAAAAAUCUAGUCGGAUCGGGGACCGCAUCGGCUUGUUAAUGCGGUCCCCGAACCGACUUUGCCUAUAGCCCCAGGGCCCAGGGCCAAACAAUUGAAUUAGCCUGGAUUCACCCGUAGGUGGGGGAUAUCGGGAGAAGAUCGUCUCGCUUGACGACAUCACCAAGCGAGCGGAUCUAAAGGUGUAUGGGGACCUUUAGUUUGACAAUCACAACCUUCCUUUUCAACUCUUAUCGCCCUCUAUUGUGUUAUAGUUAUAAUACCCUAGUAGGAAACCAGAACAGGCGUGGCCUUGCAUGCAUAGGGGUGUGGUCACACAAACACGGCACUAAUGGCACAUUCCAUAGCAGAGAAAAGACCCCUGGGUUUCUCAUAGCCUGUACAGAAAGAGACCCCAUAAAACAAAACCAACAUAGAUAUUACUCAACAUUAAGUACAAUUUUGCAGGAGAAUGUGAGGGUAUUAAAUUAAAACAGAAAUUGAAAAUGGAAUUAUGUAUUUAUAUGUUGCCUGUCUCCAAAGCAAAACAUAAAAUGCCAACGGACUGGUGUGGUCAAUGCUCCAAACAACAACAGUUCAGACUGAUAUUGAAAAUGUAUUGAUUAUUCUUUUAACACAGGCCAUGUUCCUAAAACAAAUGGGGCCCAAUACCAAAAGAGGAGACUAGUUGCAAAUGGUUUAAAAUGCCAUUGUCCUCGGCAAACCACAAGUUAAUACCGUGCCCACAUUACUAUGGCAUAACUCUGUAGCCUGCAACACACGACUUCUAUAAAUGGCCAAGGAAAGAGGAGCACGUACCUUCUGAUCACCUUAGGUAUCACCUUUAGUUCUAAGUAUUCACCCUGUUUAUUUUCUCAGAUUAAUGCUUCAUACAGGAUCAUUUUAAUGUAUUUUCCUCAGGGAUGAUGUAAUUGUAGUAAAACUCCCAGCAUCCCCUCUCAGCCUAAGGCUGUUGGGAAGUGUUGGCAGCAACUAAAGACUUGCAGUUUGGACAUUCCUGAUAUGUAAGUUGGGGGCUCAAGCUGUGGUGGUAUGCUAACUAAGUAAUGGGAUAUCAGUCACAAUAUAGCAUUUAAAUGUUAAUAAUACAUCUAUGUAUAUUGCAAGCCUGUACUUAUAUAUAUAUAUAUAAAAAGAUAAUAUUCUUUAUUAAAAACCCAGAUACUAUGCCAAA